UCGACUCGUGAUUCUCUGCAAGACAGGACGCCGUUGGUUUUACUGAACAGCGACUCAGGCAGCAUGAGUCCAGAGAAAGCUCUCGCACGUCAGGGCAGGUUAGUGAUGGAAAACGCUCUUUAUUAGGAAGGAGAAGUGCAGCUGCGACGAGUGAACUUCCUUCCUCAACUGAGAACCAGGUGAUUCUGAUGACUUACCUUGUUGUAGAUCUGGGCGUUGAGUCGAUACGAUCUGUACGCCGCUCUUCUUCGCUCCUCUUCUUUCUUCCGCUGAACCUCAGGAAGACUCUCGUAGAUCCUGGAAGCCAGGACCGUGUUUAGAUUCAGCCUCUUUGGAAGAGUUGAAAGAGAUGAGAGGACCUACUGUUUAGACCUCUGGAUCAUCUCCUUCCUGGAAACAGCCCGCCGGGUCGCAGGGACGUCUGAGCAGAGGCAGCAGUUCAGUUUGAGCUCCUUAAACUGCUGCAGAGGUCUGCGUACCUGCUGGUUUGGGAAUCCUCUCCGGACCUUUGCGCUCACCAGUCCGUUGCAGCAGCAGGUCUCUCUCUCGGCUCAUGGUGUCAAACAGCUUCCUCUCCUCCGCCUGCAUCGCCAGUCGCACCAUCCGCUCUCUGGACUGGACGAUGAACGCCGGGCGACGCAUCUGCAGAGACUCCUGCGGGAGUGACACGCCACAAUUAGGCCUGAAGAAGUUACUGCCAGUUCGGCUUAGGACCCACCUGAAGAGAGACUGGCUCAGAUCCUGUCGUAGUUCCAGGUGGACGGUUGGGUUCGGCCUCCAGGUUCUGCUGCACUUGUCUGAGUGGCUCCCUCCGUGAGCUGCCGGCUCUGACGGGCUCAAACCAGGAGGGGCCGGGUCUCCAUGACGACUCGUUCUCCUUCCGCUCUUCACUCCUCAGCUCCCCGGCAGAGAUGAACCAUGUGACUCCUGAAGAAGCACAGCACAAGGGUCAGUACGAGAGCUCCAUCUGUGUCUGAGCCCGGCUCCACCUCGAGGUCCAGAAGGUCUGCUCCUUCUCUUCAGGAUGCCGGUCGUCAUGGGCUCUGGUCUGUCAGGCUCGGCACACAACGAGGAGUCCACCUGUGGGGGCGCUAUGUUUUCAGGGGGAGACGGAAACGUGGUUCCCACAUCCCGUGUGUGACGCCGUGUGGCGUUGCUGACGAUCUCCAGGUGGCCUGAGAAGAACAGGGAGUGUUCACAACAGACCGAAGAACAAUUGUUUGAGGAGGUGAUCUUCUGCUCACCCACCUGCCUGGAUUCCUCUGCUGACCAUCCUCACGGUCUUCUUAGCUGCGAGGGUUCGAGGGGGUCUCUGAUGGGACAAAUCCAAGAUGCUGCUGCUGGAGGAUGAAUCGAGAACCUGGAGAGAGAAGCACUAAAGCCGUGAGCUAACAUCAGCAGCAUCUGUUCCAGUCAUUAUGCUACCAAGUUCCCUCACCCGCUCUCUCGCCCCCUGCUGCCUACUGAUGCUGGUGUAGAGCCUAUUGAGACUGGAGCUGGACCUCAUCUGCUGGACUCUGUGGGCCCCGAAGGCUCGGAGCAGACGUGCCGUGUCCACGGUGGACACUGUCGUGCUGGACUCGUCUCGGUCAGCAGGACAGAUGCUGAGACUGUUGGAGGAACCCUGCGAGAAGCUGGAGGAGAGGCGGCUGUCCUCCUCUGGAGCCUCUCUGCGAAGCCCUCGCCCUGCUCCUCUCUGCUGACGCCGCGCUCCCGUCCAGCUCCUGUUGUCCUGGAUCAGACGGGACAGUCGCUCCAUCCUGUCCAGCAGCGAGGCCUCUCGGUCCCUGAUGGGACGGGACUCUUGGGCGCUCCACUGCUCACAGAACCUGGACCACAGCUGGUCCAAACUAGCGCCCUGCUCCUGAUGACUGUGCUGGUUCACUGCAACAGUUGGUCUGGUCCCCGCAGGCGCAGAGCGGAAGAACUGGAUCGGACUAGUUCCCUGGUCCUUAGUGGGCCUCGGGGCUUCUUGGAGCUUGACCUGUGACCUUUCAGUGGACCACUGAGGUGCUGCAAAGGCUGUGGUUUGUGAGCUUCUCCCUGAAAAUGAAGAGACAUGACAACAAAAAUAAGCUUCUGGGGCGAAGCCAAAUGUGAGCUUGUUAAAUCCCAUUUCCAGCCACUGCCGCUCAGAGCGGCGCCUCACCUCCGUGUGCGGCCGCCGCCAUCAUCCCGGCGCCCUGCCUCUUGCUGUAGAUGCCCUCUGCGUGUCUGAUGGUCACUCCUCUGUCCAGACCCGGGUCCUGGUGUCCUAGCACGUCGCUGCUGAAGUGGGGCGGGACGGCAUCGUUGGAGCCUGGAGCGGGGCACAGAACAGAUGGCAGCAGGUGAACAGAGCAGAAAUAAGAGUCUGGCAUUUCUCCUGCAGCGACUAGACCCCGCUCUUCUUUGUCCCACACGGCCCCCAAACAUGAAUAAUGCAUGAGAGGCCUGGUGUGGGUUACAAUAGAAAACCAGCCGCACAGACUCAUGGGAACCGAGAUCCGCCUCACUUCAUUCAAUUCAAUUUUCUACUCCAAAACAACACAGCUUGUUUGAUCAUAAGAAAACGCCAGUACAGACACGAUGUGAGUAUCAUGAGGGGUUGCUCCACCUACUCUGAGAUGCGCGAAAUACUGUGACUGAAGACAUGUCUCUAAUCUCGUACGCAACACUGAGAGGGUCAUCGUUUUAAUAGCAGCAAAGACUAGGACAGAAUAAAGCUCAUGUGGCGACGUAUGAAGGGACCUUGAUGAGGAGCUUAUUUACUGCAUGGGGAGUCGGAGUGAGCUGCUCUGAACAAACACGCACCUGUGUGCGAACUCUCCAUUGACGUGGACGAGAUGUCAGCUUCCGUUUGUGGGAUGAAAAAGAGCUCUUCACUUCCCUGAGGUUUAUAUGGCAGCAGGACAGGUGGCGCUGUUGAGUGAGGGGCGACCAAAGCAAGUAAGUUUUUGUGUUUUCGUGAGGCGAGACUUGAAGGAAUGCUACCUGGUGUCUCCAAGGAUGUGUGAGGAACCUGCUGCAGGAGGUCAGCCCUGACCUGAACACCGGUCGCUGAUCUGCUGGGGUGCCUGGCCUGGUUCCACUCGGGUGGGCUGGACAAACCCACACCUUCGUCUGGACUGAUGACAGAAGAUGUAGCAGGCCUCAGUGGGAUGAAGUCAUGAUGAGCAGCCGCAGGGACAGUGGAGGGGAUGAUCACGGCUUGGGUCUGUUCCGCCUCAGGCUGGUGGCCAGCCGCAAAAGAAGCGUCCAGCUGCUCUUCAGAGCCGUGAGAGGCAGCAGCGGGUUGACCUCUGACAGAGCCCCGUCCUGCCCCUCGCACGCUGCUCUUCUCCACCUCAGUUGAGCCGAGGGCUGCAGUCCUCAGUUCAGUCAGCAGAAGCGGCUCCGAAGUGCAACUCUGAGGAGGACUUGGUGAUGAAGGCGGGGACGUGAUGGACGUGUGGGCCUCAGCUCUCCGUCUGCGGAGAGCCACUCCUUCUCUGGCAGCAAUCUCCUGCACCUGAGCCUCCAGAUUUGGACGCGGCACGGAGGCUGGCUGAUGUGCACUCAGAAGCCGAGAGGUGGAGCCUCUGUCUUCCGUCACGGCUCCUCCACUGGAUGUCGAGCGGCUCUCGGAAUCUGAGCUGGCCUCAUUCUGAAGACAGAACAAGACCGUGAAUGCAAACGCAGCGCAAACAUGACACGGCACUGCAAAACUGACGCAGGAGCAGAAAUGAAUUUUUGGUAUGGCCACAACAUGCUGCUGAGCAGUUACCUGCGGGGACACCUGUGCUGUCCAGACUAGAGGUGGGAAUGACAGAAACAAAUGUGAGGUUGUCUUGUUGUGCCACGUUCAUUGCUCUAAAGGGCUUGUGUUCUGCUUCAAUAGUGAAGCGGAGUUGCUUCACCCAUGCUGACCUGAUCCUAAUACAAGUAAACAAAUGAGCUCAGCAUUAGAAAAAGGGAAGCACCAACCAUGCCAGGGUUCUUCAGCAGCAGCUCUCUCUUGAUCUCCUCGAUCUGCUCGCGGUCCUCCUGGUCCAGCUCCGGCAGCUUUGACAGCUGGCCGGACUUCUUCAGUUUGAUCCAGUCUGAAAUGGGACAGAUUGGUGAACACUCCUGGUGAUAACUCAGGUUGGAGAAGUCGUUCUCUGACCUCUGACCCUGCUGUCCUCCAAGUCGGUGGUGCUGGGGGUGCUGGUGGUCAGCGUGGAUGGGGUUUCCAUCUGAAGCAGCUUCCCCACUUUGACCGUCAGCGAGCUCUGGCUGCUUGCGUCGCUGGUGCCUACGCGGUCGGACCCCACCUGCACGGCUGAGGACCUGCCGUCCUCCUGUGGAUCUUGAGUCACCUCUGUCUCUUGCUGUGACAGCACUUCUGAAGUGGAGCUUGCGGCGCUCAGGGACGAUGGUGCCACAGGUGGAGGCACGUCCAGGGGAGCGGCGCUGCAGCCCUCUGGCUCCGCCCGCCGGGUUGCCUUGGAGAUGUUUAGAGAGGACACCUCACCUUGGAUAACUGUGUCUCUCUGGGGAGAGACAAAGGUGUCUGGGUUGGACGGAUAACCCCGCUGAAUGGAGGAGCUUAGGCUUUCUUGACCUAUCGAGCUCUGCCGCCGUACUUCUGAUGACUUGCUCCACGUGUGGGCAGAAGAAGGACGAGUGGAUUCCAAAGGUUCUUUACUGAUCUUGAGCAUGGGGACUUCAGUGGGAACACUGGAAGCUAGUGGUCCCUCCAACGUCUGCAGGCCACUGCUUCCCACUAAAGUAGCAUUCAGAUCUCCGUUAAUGCUUUCAGCGUCCUGAGCAAACGGAGGUUCGAGCUUGUUUUGGCCACUGGCUUCACCACUGUCCUUGGGUAGUCGCUGGCUGCUUUCAGUUAUGGACAGCUGAGGCUCUAAUUCUGCAUGGAAGUAGGCUGCAAGUCUGCGGCUAGCUCUGCUUGUGCUGGAUGACAAGGAAACCCUGGGCUGUUCCGGGGCAGACAGAGCUGGACCCAGGCUGUCCAGACUGAAGGGUACGGAGAUGCUGGAGUCCGCUGACACAACACUGGCCCUGGAGUACUCCCCCUUCAACGGACUGUCACCUAAAAACAGGGAAUCAAAAGGACUUUCUGAGCGUCUUCUUCAGGCCAUUCUUCCAGUUUCUUUACCUUCUGAAGGUUGAGCACUCCUGGUUGGGGUUCCAAUGGAUCCUUUGAUGGUACUGAGAUCAGUGGGAGAGAAUUCAGGCUCUCUGAUUGGUCCACGGGGUGCAAAAGGUGUCAGUAUCGCUGACGGCGACUGGUCAAUACCCAGGUUGUGAAGAUACAGCUGCGUAAACAAAACACAAUUCAGUCAAAUAGGCUUGUGAUGGGCUGAUUGAGGCUUCAUGGAACAGUGUCCUCAUUUUCAGAGCUCAAUAGGUGGCGCUCUUGGUUACAAAUGAUGUGAGGUUUCAUUGAAACGGUUGUUCAAAUCUAACAAUUUUAGAACCGAGUGUGUUAUCUAAUGGGUCAUGAUAAUGAGGGCACUGUUUCAUGAUGCGUCACAAGCUCAUCCCUCGGUAUUACUAUGGUAGAACUACAUAGACAUACACACUAUAAGUAAUAAUGAUCAGUUACCGGAAUUCGUUCUUCAAUGUUGAGCUCCGGAGCUCUGGGGUGCGGUGCAGGUGUUGAUGGUUUGGAGGUCCAGUAGGGGGCGUAAUUAUCAACUUCAAGGCUGACAACAGAAGAGGCUCCGACUGAAGUCGCUAGCUUGACUUCAUCGUGAAUGUAGCUGUCUUGGGAAGGCGACAGCAUUAGAUCCCUGUCAAGAGAAACGUCGCUGAAGCGGUCAAGGUUAAAAGAGGGCGACGGCUCCACCGGGCCGCUCGUCUGCUGACGGGCCUCGUCCGCCGCCCUGGUUUCCAGUUCUGGCUGCUGCUCCGUCUGGGUUGACAUAACAACGGUGUUGAGCGAAGAGUGGGACUGGGACCGUCCACAUGGAGAUGCAGAUGGUUGUGCUGAGGAUAUGGUGCUGUCCCUCACUGCAAGGCCAUCAGCAGCAUCCAUCCUUCUUGGAGAAGAAGCUCCAGAGUGACCUGCAGAGGAGCUCUCCCUCAUCCCUGGAGGCUGUUGUUGACUCAGAAUGCCAUCUAAAGAGGCAGAUACAGCAUCAUAGGAUCUCCUUUUGGGGGAUGUCCCGAGGACGCCUUUCAAAGCCAAGCUAUCUACCAGCGACGGCUCGGCCGAAGUGUGAUAUUCCCUCCAUGCGUCAACUUUCUGUUUAUAAUCCAGAGAUGGCAGGGAUCGGACUCUGGUGGAUGGCGCUUCCUCUUCAUGCCGCUGAGCGGUUGGUGUGACCUUGCUGCUGGAUUCCACUGAGCCCUCUUGAUGAGACUCAAUGUCGGACAGUUUUCCUUCUGUAGGUUUGGCACUUCUGAGUGGCAGCUUAAAAACCCCUGGUGUGGACUGAGACUGAGGAAGGAAGCCAAGAUAGGACCCGUCGAUCCCAGUUUGGGUGGCUGGAGACCAGAGGUCGUGCGCUCUUUGAAACCUCUGCGCCCCUGUCAAAACUGAGCCGGUCCAGGGCAAGCCACGGGGAUGACCCGUCGACGUGGCAGCAGGUUUGGGAGUGAACUUGUCACCAGAUUUCUGCAGUGGUAGAUGAGAGAGGAGCUCAGGUCCACUAUGUUUGGUUGUCUCCGCUAUCAGCUCUCUGUGCAGUGUUUCAGUGCUGUCGUCAGGCUGAGUGCUGCGUGAACCCAUAGAAACGUUGCAGACUUCAGGGAAUGAAGCCUGACCUUGAGAAGCGCACGCUUCACCUGAGGGACCUUGUCUGGUUGUCGUGCUGUGGUCCACAGUAGUCUUGAAGGUAUCCGUUUCUCUAAAAGCAGCAGACAAGCUCUUCUGAGAGGAGACUGCACUGCUGCUGCUGCUGGGCACGACAACGUCUUUCUGGAGAAGGUCCAGAAGUUGGUCUGCAGCGACAGGCUUGCUUAAAAAGUACGGCUCGUCUGUUGGAGAUUGGUUGGGUCUGUCAGGAGAUUGCAACUCCCUGCCACCAGAGGGCGCCACCAUCAGCUUGUUAGUACCGCUCGAGUGGAGGGUUUCAUCUACCCCGUCAUCCUGCAAACUGAACUGGGAGCAGCUGCUCUCGGAUAUUUCAGAUAAGACCGAAGUCUGGGCCAAGGGAUGCUGAGACAACGACACAGAACUGUGAGUUGUGUGAUCAUGAGGUGGGAGGUCAGACUGUGUUGAUGCCACAGAAGUGUCGGGGUACGGCCUAAAAGCAGAAAACAAUAUCAUGAGGAACAUUCAUUGAAUUCACGGAUCAUUUAGAUGACUUUCUUCUUACCUUAAAGCAGCAAAUUCCACAGCACUGUGAUGAAAUAAAGAAAAUUCAGUCAGGUUGUGUUUUGUUGUGGGCAACUGCAGGAGAGGGAGAGCCGGAGAGAGGUUGCUGUCCUGGAACUCUAAAAACAAAAACAGUGGACUUCAUUCAAUUACUUUCCUCAAUGUCUGGUGGGAUUUAAAAAAAAAGAAAGUUUCUUACGGAGUUGCAAAGCCUCCAGAUCCAAGGCACCCAUGGCUCCAAGAGAAUGAUCUUCUACUUGGUGCACACUCUUUUCCCUUUGGGGCAGUGCCACAUCCGCAGUGUCCUCCUGGGGUUAAAAACAUGAACACAUUCCAUCCACUCCAGUCACUUUUCCUGCUGGGAACUUCCUUGUAAAUGACAGCAGUUUGUACUUUUAUUAGAAACAAUCCAGUGCUGACGCACAACAUGACUGUGGCAGCAAUCGGUUAAUAAUCGUUCUGUUAUCAGAUAGCAAUGUAGGAUAGUGUAGACUCGGACUGUGGAUUAUACAUCCCAAUAUAUUAAGGUGUGAGAAGUAUGUGCACUUAUAUGCAACAGUGGAUCACAUUAGAGAACAGUACAUCCCUUCAGGCCCCUUUUGAGCGGCUGACGAGAGUAACAUAACAACAUUUACAUACACACAGAACUGCGGCUGAACGUAGAUUAUUCCAUAACAAUUACAAUAUAUAAUAAAUACAAUAAAAUAUACAGGAAUAAAGAAGCGAGCGUGCAGCAACAAAAUGUGACUGUGAUUUCACCGUUCAUUACACGGCUAAUAAGUUGUUCCCUAAAUCAACAGGUUAUGCAUUGUACUAUACAUUCUAUAGUAGUAGAUAUGAAACGCCAAUAAAUAGUGACAUCAGUCUCAAUUCAAAUGAAAUAACAACUGUACAAAACUGAACUCGUAUAACGCAAAACACCGCUCUUUGACAGCCCUUGACACCAAAACAAAGUUAGCUUAGCAGUUAGCCCUCGCUUCUGCUGUUUGAGAUCUGACUUGUUUGCAAAUAAAGACACAUUACGCCGGUGGUGUAUAGCUGGUGCUAAAUCGCUUUCGUGUGCAUGUUGCAGGUAAACGAGGGAGUGGAUUUUACCUCUUCGCGCUCCAUAUUGUUGUUAUCUUCCCGCACUAAGCGGCGCGCUUCCGCCAGCGCGUAUCCAGGGACGGUUGCUAGGAAGUGGUUUAAAACCGAGUCGUCCUCUUUACCGCCACCUGUCGACCGGGAUGAUAAAUAGUCUCCAGGAACUACUGUGUAAUGUCCGCUUAUACAGUCAGCACUUCAUUUCCAUGUAGAUGUAGACGUGCGCCAUCAAAAAAACAGCGGCACCGCGGUGUAUUUUAGACGCAAUGGAAGAGCGUUAGGUGUUGUGUGUGGCCUCAGUCAGUUUCCGAUGUGUUUUUAUGACCUCCUUAGAAGCAAUAGUUCACUGACAUGUAUACAUGUGUUUCACGCUGUUGUCGGUAUUGAUGACUCUCUGCUUUCAUUAUGACACGGAGAUUAUUUUAAAAAACAAUCCCAGUAGUACUCCACAACGACAGGUGGCAGUAAUGCGCUCCGUUCUCGUUCUUCAUUCCAUCAAAGAAGAGUGAUAUGUCAGCUACUUUUGGAUCAUGUUUUGAACGAGUUGGACUCGUGUUGUUACUCUGAAACAACCUCGAUAUAUAACGAAGAGAUCGUCCAGAAGAAGUGUUUUCUCGGUUAGUCAGCGACAUUUGAGCCCUGCCCUUCAUGGAGUCAGGAAGCCGUUGGUGUAAACAGGCGAUACCAGCGACAGGUCGAGCUCAUAUUUAGCCCAGACCAACGCAACGCUGUCUCGUCGGGUUACAAUGCCACCAAAGAGAGAGCAGAUCAAAGGUGAGCUCUUCUGCUCUGCAUUUAAAAGUCGGACUCCUAAUCUUGCUUUUUUCCCUUCCAAGGGACACCAGAUCAUUUCCAUUCCACGGGGAUGUCCUUUCUGGACUAUGUCCAUCAGCUGUAUCAGGAAGAGCGUCUCUCAGACUUCACUCAAAAUCCUCUCGGCUUCUUUGAUUGGAGGACUGGCCUGCCGAGAACGCUGCAAAAUGACUACCCUCAGCUUUGGCACCAUUGUGCGGCACCGUAUCGAAGAAGAGCCACGGCUGAGGAAGCUGCCAAAAAUGCUCGAGAGUUGAUAGAAGAGGAAGAACGCCAGAAGGAGAAAGCUGCUCGGAAUAAGAAUAAGAAAAUGCGGAAGAAUGAGAAAAAACGAUUGGCGAAGGAAAAUGCUGCGAAGGACAAUGCCUCAGCAAGACUCCAGCCUAAAGAAGACGAGGCUCUGAACAAGCAGAAAACGGAUGACGAGACCGCUUCUGUUGGGUCCGACACCUCUGCUGAAUCCACGUUGAGUCGGACUCAUUUGGACGACGAGGAGAGCAAAGAAAACAAAGGAGCUUCUAUGAUGGCGAAUGCCAAACAACAGGAGAAAUCAAAGGCAAAAUUGCAGCAUGCGGAGGCGCCGCCCUCCGUGGCUGCAGGAACCAAAGAUGAAGCCAAGUCAAGUGAAUCAACCAAAGCUACGGCGAAGCAGGAUCUCCUCCAGGUGGAGAAAAGGCUUGAGACAGAGAAAACUGCUCCUGCAGAUCUAUGUUUGAAGCAAAGCACGCAGCUGGCAGCCUCUGGAAACCACCUGGCGGCCAUUGGACAGUACGAGAUGGCGAUCAAGUGCUUCACCGACGCCAUCAAACUCAACCCGCUGGAGUUCAAGUUGUUUGGAAAUCGCUCUCUUUGCCUGGAGAGGUUGCAGCGCUAUGAGACGGCGCUGGCUGACGCCGACGUCGCUCUGUCCAUGGAGCCCAAGUGGAUCAAAGGCCUGUUCCGGAAAGGGAAAGCUCUCUGUGGACUGAAGAGAUACUACGAUGCUACGCUGGUCUUUCAGGAGGUUUUAAAUCUGGACCGUUCAAGUGCAGAGGCCAGAAAAGAGCUGGAGCGAGCGCAGACGCUUCAUCUCAUGGAGAUGGGCUUCACUCCGGAGCAGUGCGCCGUGGCCUUGAGGUCCCAGCCCACGCUGGAGGAAGCUGUCCAGUCUCUGUUUGAGAGCAGCCAUCCAGAAGACCAGUCUGCGGAGGGAGACGACGACUGGAUCGUCCAUCAGCCACAUCGACCCAAACCUCGGCAGCUCCCAGAACCUGAUGAGCCAAAGGAUCGGAAGGAAACUCCGGCAAAAGUAGAACAAGUGAAAAAUGUGUCCCCCAGGCCCAAGAGUACGGUGAAGCUGGACCUCCCCUCCGUCUUUGUUUCAUCCAUCGCUCCGUCAGUGACUUAUGCCACGCUCUUCCAGCUCUUCAGCAGGGUGGGCUCGGUCUACAGCAUCAAGAUGCUGCUCGACAGUCACUCUGCUUUUGUCAUGUACAAACUGAAGGAGGAGUGCGACAAUGCCCUGCAACUUGAUGGGACUGUUCUGGAAGGAUCCCCUCUGUCUGUCCAGCACUGCGACAAAAGAAGCAGGAUCAACGCCGACUUCAACUCCUCCACUCCUGGGUACAAGAGAGAGUGCUUCUUCUGGAGGACAACGGGCUGCACCCGCGUGGGCUGCACCUUCAGGCACGUCCCGGAACACAAGGGCAUCGACAAAGACAAGUUCGACGGUCGACUUGGACUGUCUCACACCUAGACCUCAGUACUCCUCAGCUGUGCCUCAUUUCACUGCCUUUGAUUGCGAUCGAAUCAUUCGGUCAUGUGAAUGUUUUGACAUUGUUCUUAUGCUUGAAUUCUGUCCAGUGCGCCAAUCUUGGGUCAGUGCCUCAUUUCGCCACU